AGUGGUCCUGACAGACCUAUACAAUUAUUUAUGUUCUUUCAGAAGUCCGGCUGGUUGGAGGUUCUCGCUGCUCUGGGAGGUUAGAGAUACUUCAUAAUCAGACGUGGAUGUCAGUGUGUGAUGCUGUCUUUGACCAGCAGGAUGCAGAGGUUGUGUGUAGAGAGCUGGACUGUGGGGCUCCUGUACAGGUGCUGGGAGCAGCUGCUUUUGACAAAGGAGACACUCAGAUGUGGACACAAGAGAUUCAGUGCAGAGGGUAUGAGUCUCAGAUUCAUAUGUGUCAAACAUCAUUCAAAUUCACACCCAAAUACAACUGUUCUCACAAAAAUAACGUUGGACUGCUUUGUACAAGUAUGUGUUGACUGUUUCAACAGGAAAGUUUACUUAAUUUUGAUAGAUCUCUCCUAAUUUAUUUUCCCUUGCUGUGCACAGAAAUAAUAAAUGUGCGGUUGGUUAAUGGUAACAGUCCCUGCAGUGGGACAGUGGAGGUUCUUCAUAGAGAUCAGUGGGGAAUAGUGUGUGAUACGAAUGUGUCCAGCAUCACAGAAACACAACUGCUCCCACAAUGAUUACGAAGCACUUCUGUGUGGUGGUAAGAAGAUUAAUAUGAGAGCAUUUAGUGGCAUAACUAGGAUCAUAUGUGCCGCUGUACACUUGGUGGGGCCCUCACCACACCCACACACAGCUUACAAGGAUAUGGAUCAGGGCCAGUCUGGACAAAUUGUAUGAUAUGUACUGGAUCAGAGACUACACUGAAGAACUGUGGAUCAGUUCAGUUGUAUGAUUAUUACUGUAAUCAUGAUAAAGAUGCUGGAGUCAUCUGCUCAGGAGUCAGGCUGGUUGGUGGUUCUCGCUGCUCUGGGAGGUUAGAGAUACUUCAUAAUCAGACAUGGAUGUCAGUGUGUGACACUCUCUUUGACCAGCAGGAUGCAGAGGUUGUGUGUAGAGAGCUGGACUGUGGGGCUCCUGUACAGGUGCUGGGAGCAGCUGCUUUUGGAAAAGGAGACGCUCAGAUGUGGACACAAGAGAUUCAGUGCAGAGGAAAUGAAUCUCAGAUUCGAAUGUGUCCAGCAUCACAGAAACACAACUGCUCCCACAAUGAUUACGAAGCACUUCUGUGUGGUGAUGUAAUGAAUGUGAGACUGGUAAAUGGUAACAGUCCUUGUGCUGGUCGAGUGGAGGUUCUUCACAGAGGUCAGUGGGGAACAGUGUGUGGUGAUUUCUGGGAUAUGCCUGAUGCUGCAGUGGUGUGUAGAGAGCUGGACUGUGGAGAACCUGUAGAUGCUUUGAGUAAUGCUCAUUUUGGUCAAGGAUCAGGACCGAUCUGGAUGAGUGUUUUAACAUGUAGAGGAACAAAGUCUACACUGAAGAACUGUGGGUCAGCAGGUUGGAAUAAACAUGCCUGCACUCAUAAUCAUGAUGCUGAAGUCAUCUGCUCAGGUCAUAAACACUUGAGACUUUCUGAUGGGUCUCAUCUUUGCUCUGGGAGGUUACAGAUACAUCAUGAUCAGACGUGGAUGUCAGUGUGUGAUGCUGUCUUUGACCAGCAGGAUGCAGAGGUUGUGUGUAGAGAGCUGGACUGUGGGGCUCCUGUACAGGUGCUGGGAGCAGCUGCUUUUGGCAAAGGAGACGCUCAGAUGUGGACACAAGAGAUUCAGUGCAGAGGAAAUGAAUCUCAGAUUUCAUUCUGUUCAAUAUUGUCAUCACACAAACACAACUGCACCACUGACAACACUGUGGGGCUGAUCUGUUCUGGUUACACUGAUCUCAGACUGAUAAAUGGUUCAGACACUUGUUCUGGAAGAGUGGAGCUUCAGUUCCACAAUGAGUGGGGCACAGUGUGUGAUGCAUGCUGGGAUAUGAGAGCUGCCAGUGUUCUCUGUAGACAGCUAUAUUGUGGGAUUGCUGUGUCUGUUGUGGGAUCAGACUGGUUUGGAGAAGGAAGUGGUGAAAUCAGGGCUGAUGUGUUUGAUUGUGACGUGAAUGAAACAAAACUCUCAGAAUGUUCCAUCUCUUCAUGGAGUCGAGCUGAAUGUUCACAUAGUCGAGAUGUUGGAGUCAUCUGCUCUAGUGAGUCCAUAUUACUGUAA